AUGGACUUCAAUUUUAAUUGAGGAUGUAAAAUUACUUGACUUUUUUCUUAUAUUUCAUAUCAGCAGUAGUGAGUUUUAAGAUUUAUUUAGAAAUGAAAUAAUGCAGGAUACAGACAUCAUAUUGAUUUUCUUAAUAAAAUAAAUACUUAGGUGAAAACGAAAUGGUAUUUACUUUGUCAAUAAUAAUUUUCUGAAGGGGUAUAAAAUUUAUUAAAUAACUACAACCUACAAUUAUUUAAGAGCUAAAAUAAUGUUACUCAAUAUAGAACACUCAUAUUUAUGUCAAUUAAUAUGGAAUCAUCCUAAUGAGCAAAAUUGUAUUCUCGACUGUAGUUGUAAAUGAUGUAAAAAGAAAGAAUGCACUUUCUGAAAGACAUACACAGUAUCUAAGAAACCAACUAACCAAAUCAUUUUUUCCAAAAUAUAAACUAAAAUGGCAAGAUGUUUCUCGAAAGAAAGAUGUUUUUAAAUCGAAUUUUAUGAAAAUUGUUGUGUGAUUCAGUUACUUGACGAAGCUUCAACGUCAAAUAUAAAUACUUCAACAUCAAAUAUGAAUACUUCAAUAUCAAUCAUGAAUAAUGAAGCUUUAACAUUGUUUACUAGUAAUAAUUCACGUACUUCUGAAAAAUUUUCUAAUGUUCGUAAUAUAGGUCGACCUCGACGACAGAAGAAGCAAUGGUUAGUGCUGAGACUUUCAGGAACAAUUUACAGAUCAAUUAUCGACUUAGAGGAGGAAAUUGCUUGUCCCACUCUCAAUGCUGUUUGCAAAAACAACGACGAAGUUCACUGUACGAAUCAUAAAUUAUGUUCCAAGGAUUCCGUAUGCGCUAUCAAAAAUGCAUUCGCACUAAGGAAAUGGCUUAAAGAACAGGAGAGAACUUGCUUGAAGGAGUCGAUGAGGUUAAUAGCGACGCAUUCGAAUCCAGAUUCUGCAGUAGAGAUGCGAAUGCGGAAUUUUACUUAUCAAUGUAUAAUUGAUAGUAAAUAAAUAUCAAUACAUUUUUUAA